AUGGGCAUCUGUUUAGACACUGAACAAAAUAAUGAAGAUUACGAGACGGGAGGCGAGCGCAGUCGCCGUGAGAGUGCGUGGCCGUCAACACCGUCCGGCGUUCCCUUCCCGAUGCAAAACUCCAGCCACGUCAAGUUCGAGCCGCCCAGUGUUCCUGUUAUAUUUGUCUUGGGAGGGCCGGGAAGUGGCAAGGUGACUCACUGCGACAACCUGAUGCAGGAGCGCCGUGGCAUGGUGCACAUAAACAUGACAGACUUGCUCCAGCAAUAUGCAAUUGGCAAUGAUAUGCAAGAUUUCGGGACGCUAUCGAGUAAAACGGUGACCGAAGUACUAAUGCUGGAGAUGAAGAUGGCGCCCACGGCCAAAACAUAUCUCGUAUCCGGGUAUCCAAGAUCUAUGAGGGACGUCGCCGAAUAUUCUGACAAGAUCCAGACAAUAAGUGGUGUGGUGCUCGUGAGCUGGAGACAGCGGGUGCUGGAGCGGCAGAUCGAGUACGGAGCGCGGCUGGGGCACGUCGUGCUCAGUCUGGCGCGAAUGGAACUAAGCAAUUUCUACAAGAACGUAAUGCCAGUUGCCGACUACUUCGACCAGAGCAACAUGCUGAUAGCGGUCAACGGCGAAAGAAAUCCUGAGGAGGUGUACAAGGAUUUCCGAGCUGCAGUUCUACAGAUUCUGGGUGCGGUGGAAGAGCAAGGCAUGAAUGGAGUCGGUGUUGGUGCUCGGGCUAUACCAGGUGAAAUCGUUGGCGUCGAGCCAGCACCGGCGAGAAUUCAUGAAGAUGACCCACUAAAAGCCCAAGAUGUAGACAUUGAAGACGAUUCCGUGCCAGUAACACAAAUGCCAAUAGUGCCUGCCGCUCCAGUGCCCGUGAUGCCAAUAUCGGUCGCUCAAUUACCUAUCGCUUCUGUACCUAAAGUUUUUCCAGUAAAUGGCAAUGUCGAAAGAGUUCUCAGUCCUAAGGCCGAGGUGAUACGAGUUCACGGCGUCACAACAACGCCACCAACAUUGUGGGUGGUGGGUGGUCCCGGCAGUAACAAAGCUACGUUGUGCGAACGCGCUGUGACUCAACGAAACGGUUGGACGCAUUUCAGCUUGGGGCAACGUCUCCGUGCUUUGGCUGAGGCUGGUGGCGGACCGGCAUCGGAUGGAGCUAUCGCUCGCACGGCCGUCAGUGCAGGGGAAUUAGUUCCACGAGACUUGAUCACCAAAAUGGUGACAGCUGCGGUCAGUGAUGCUGCACGCAGCGGACACGGCAUCGUACUAGACGGAUAUCCCCGAGACUUGGACCAGAUGGAAUCGUAUGAGAGAGAGUUCAAAGUGACCCCCCGUAUGGUGCUCUUGGAUUGCUCGAAACUCCAACUCGGUCGGGGUCGACGGGACGACUCAGUAGCUGCCUUCAGAAGACGUCUCGAAGUAUUCAGGGAACAGAGCUUACCGAUGCUAAAGAAUUUGGACCAACAGCAUCGACUCGUGAUCGUGGAUGGUGAUACAGACUCAUCGGACGUACAGCUUGAAUUCACGAGGGUUUUGGAGGAGGAGAUGGAGAAGGCUGAAGCCAUCGCAUCGAUACCACAACAGAACGCCAACCCACAGACACACCUACCGCAGAAUGGGAACGUCUCUGAUGGGACGACGAUACAACAAUUCGCGCAUACAGUGUCUCGGAUCGGAGCGGGAAUCGCCAACGGAGUCGCUCGGAACGGGUCGGUACAUAACGGAACAUUGCCAAACGGGACAGUCGGUAACGGGUUCAUUGGCAUGACUAAUAAUAAGGUAAAACCAAUGAUCAACAACAUCUCUAAGAUACCCACAGUCUCGCAAAUGACGCAGGACCAAGUGAGGAGACUUUACGAGCAGAGUUCUGGUGAAAUCACAAUGAACACACAUAUAUAG